GUUGCAUUGAACGCCUCUUAUAUUUCUGCAGAAAACGAACUAAUUAAUCGUACUUUCGUAAAAGUAAUGGAGUAGUAAUGUAAAUAUUUGUCAAAUGAGUAUGAAAGCCGCUCCGGUAAGUUGUAUAACUUUCACUGACAACCGAACCGUUCUCUCGAGUGCGGGACUUGUACAGUGAUUCGGCAUCACAGAAAGUUUCGGCAUUAUUUCCCCGCUGAUUAAAGGUUGCACAGCUGCAGUUUGGUUGGGUUUGAUGUUCUUUAUUAAUGAUUUACGUUACUUAAUUAAUUUUUUUUAUCGUGACGAAAUGAUGUGACGCGCCAACAGUUGCUCUUUAAACCUCUUUUUGAUACUAGACCACCUGACUUUAGGGUUUACUCCGCAAUGACAGAGAUUCUACGCAGAAUCCACGGUGGCUUCCUAAAAGUGGCCCUGUUCCCCAGCACCUUUGGGAGUAAAGCGCCUCGUCCUGCAGCCUCUGAAGUACUAACAUGUCACCUCACUCAGCGCGCGCUCCCGCCCUGGACUUCAUUCUGCGUGCGCUACAGGGAUGUCAUCAAUGACCAGUUCGGUCUGUCCAACUUCAACUGGCAGGUGCAGGGAGCAAACUACCACAUCCUCAGGACCGGUGCUUUCCCUUUUAUUAAAUACCACUGCACCAAAGCACCUCCACAGAACCUGGAGUUUGAAAAUAAGUUUUUUGGUGCAUUGAAAUUCAUCAACCUAGGUAUACCAUGCUUGGCAUAUGGCUUGGGUUCAUGGAUGGUAGUUGGAGUGACAGAGACGGUUCAGACCUCUUCAGGACCUGUUACCGUUUACUUUGCAUACAAGGAGGUGGAGGGUGCUCAGUUCUAAUAUCGGAGACAAUGAGUAUUUCAAAAGGAGGACUUGAGUUUCACAGGCAAAUAUUUGUCACAGAAUCUCUGAAAACUUAUGCGCAUUGCAGGCCCGGCACCAGGACACACGACCUGGGGGGGCUUUUAUAUU